AAUCCCAACAGUGACCCGAAUGUCGGCUCAUCUCGUGGCGGCCCCCAGUCGACCACGGGCGAAUUGGCUGCUGGGGCCACUGGUGCCAGUGGCUCGUCGCUCUCGGCAUUUGUGACGACUUUGGUCCCGGCGUUGAUUAUUGCCGUCUUUUGGUUUCUAUUGUUUCUGGUCUGCCGACGAACACAGCGCCGAUGGUAUGCACCGAGAUCCCACCUGCCGGAUCUCCAUGAUCACCAGCGGAGUCCAGAAUUGCCGACAGGCUGGAUCAAUUGGUUUGGGACCUUUUUCAAGAUGGAGGACAAUCAUGUUCUUCAUCACUCCUCCUUGGAUGGGUAUUUGUUCCUGCGGUUCCUGCGCAUGCUGUGCACGAUAUCCUUUGCCGGAAUUCUCAUCACAUGGCCCAUUCUGCUCCCGAUCCAUGCCACUGGCGGCAAUGGGAACAGCCAGCUCGACCUUCUCAGCUUCAGCAAUAUCGCGAACCCCACUAAGUACUAUGCGAAUGUCUUGGUGGCAUGUGUCUACUUCACGUUUGUGUUCUACGUGGUGACCCGGGAGAGCCUGUUCUAUGCGAAUCUGCGGCAGGCCUACCUUAACUCCCCCGCCUACUCCUCUCGAAUGUCGUCGAGAACGGUGCUCUUCAUGAAUGUGCCACCCGACUACAGGAACGAAAAAAAGCUGCGACAAGUAUUUGGUGAUUCAAUCCGUCGGAUCUGGAUAACAUCAGAAUGCAAGGAGCUCGACAAGCUGGUCACCCAACGGGACAAAUUCUCUUACAAACUAGAAGGAGCCGAAACCAAGCUGAUCCGAAGGGCGAACAAGUACCACAUUGAUGCUUUGAAGAAAGGGGACAUGUCUGCCGACACAUGCCAGGAUUGUGAGUCGAACGAUCCAUUUGCGAACAUCACUGUCAAGCGCCCCACCCACCGGCUCAAACUAUUAUUUGGCAAAAAAGUUGACUCUAUCCACUGGUAUCGGUCGGAACUGGCCAGGGUGACCGAGGAGGCUACACUUCUCCAACAGAAGCACCUCGAAGGCGAAGCUAAGCAAUUGUCUGCAGUUUUUAUCGAAUUUGGCUCGCAAUCUCAAGCUCAGGUUGCGCUGCAGACUCUAUCUCACCAUCAGCCCUUCCACAUGGCACCACGCUUCAUUGGUAUCUCGCCACAAGAGGUUGUGUGGGGGGCAUUGAAUCUCAGCUGGUGGCAACGUAUUGUUCGCCGGUUUGCGGUCCAGGGAGGGAUCGCUGCACUAGUCAUCUUCUGGUCGUUUCCCGCUGCCAUCGUCGGUGCCAUCUCGAACAUUACCUACCUUUGCAAGCUUCUUCCCUUCCUGAGGUGGAUUCUCGACCUCCCCUCUGUUCUGAAGGGUGCUAUUCAAGGACUGUUGCCGUCGGCUGCCCUGGUUUUGCUGAUGUCUUUGGUGCCGAUUAUCUGUCGAAUCUGCGCUCGAAAAUCAGGAGUGCCGUCACUGGCGCGAGUGGAGCUUUUCACUCAAAGCGCCCAUUUCGUCUUCCAAGUGGUGCAAGUCUUCCUGGUGACCACUCUAACAUCGGCUGCGUCGGCGGCCACAGAGCAGAUUAUCAAGAAUCCCCUUUCUGCCAAGGACCUUCUGGCCAAGAAUCUCCCCAAAGCGACCAAUUUUUACAUUUCGUAUUUCCUCCUGCAGGGACUGAGCACCAGCUCUCUUGCUCUGGUCCAAGUUGGCAGCGCCGUGGUGUUUAAAUUUAUCACCACCUUCUUUGCAUACUCUCCGCGCCGUCUUUUCCAGCGUUGGGCAGAGCUCGGCGGCGUGAGCUGGGGAAAUGUCUUCCCCGUUUUUACCAAUAUGGGUGUGAUUGCAUUGACAUACUCCUGCAUCGCGCCGCUAAUUCUCGCUUUUUCCUUCCUUGGCCUGUAUUUGGUGUACCAAGCCUACCGAUAUAAUUUCCUGUUUGUAUACGACCUCAACAUCGACACCAAGGGUCUCGUGUACCCACGAGCGCUGCAACAUCUACUCACCGGCGUCUAUCUGGCUGAAAUCUGCAUGAUCGGCUUAUGUGCAAUUAAAGGUGCCAUUGGGCCCGUGAUCAUCAUGGCACUAUUUACCAUUGGGACAGUUUUGGCUCAUAUGUCCCUCAACGAAGCAGUAGCCCCGCUCAACACCUAUCUGCCGCGGACCCUGGAUGCAGAAGAGGAAGAAAUGCAAGCAAAGGAAGAUGCCGUGGCCGAGAUCAAUGAAUCGCGCCGCAAAUCACGGCGCGGCGCGGCAAUCUGGAAUUGGUUCCACCCGGACGUGCACAAAGACUACGCCAAACUAUGCCGCAAGGUGCGGCGCAACAUUGCCCAAGUCGAGUAUACUCCAGAGGAGAUGAGCACAGCGUACUACGAACCGUGCAUCUCGUCGCCUCCGGCGACGCUCUGGAUUCCGCGUGACAGGUGGGGAUUCAGUCAGCACGAAGUCAGUGAGACGAAACGUAUUAUUCCCAUUACGGAUGAGGGUGCCCAUCUGGAUGAAAAGAACAAGAUCAUCUGGGAUAAAUACGACCCUCAUCUCCCAUUGCGGGAGAGGAAGACUCUUUAUUAA